AUGAAAAAUCUAAAAGACGAACUAAAUGUGGUGAUUCAAGUAGGUGAUACUUUUGGCGAGAGGAAAUGGUUUGAAGCAAAUACUCAUAUACUACAAGAACGGUCAGUGUAUUUUUGUGCCGCAUUAUCGAAUAAAUGGGCAACAAAACAAGGAGACAAAUAUUUUUUUCAGAAACCAAAUAUUUCUCCACGAAUAUUUGAGACUUUAUUAAGGUAUAUCUAUAAUGACGGUAUAGACUUGCACAGCUUUUGCCCGUUAGACUGCCUAAAUUUAUUAAUUGCCGCCGACGAAAUGAUAUUCGAAGAAUUGGUCGACGAUAUUCAAACAUACUUUAUUAAAAAUAAAUCACUCUGGGUAGAUAAAAUAAUUAUUGAAGUUCUUAAUGUAGUCACGCCUCGUCCUGCAUGCAUGCGUCUAAAUAAUUUCUGUUUUGAAGAGAUUAUUCAACGAGACGCAGAUAUCAUAUUCAGGUCACCGAACUUUAAAUUAUUGCACGAGAUGACACUUGCUUCAAUAUUAAUGUAUGAUGGAUUAAGUAUUCGUGAGAUUGAUAUUUGGCGUGGUUUAUUGAAAUGGGGACAAGCUAAUUCUCCAUUAAGUCGCAAACAUGAAGAUUUUGCAAAAGUAGUCUCUGAAAAGAACAAUGAUUAUUAUUAUUUGUUGUUGAAACAAACAUUAUCCAGACUAUUACCGUUUGUACGGUUUUUUAAUAUUCCCGAAGAUGAUUUUAUACAGUUUGUGAGACCCUUUGAAAUGAUUUUACCGGAAAAUCUUGCGAAUGAGUAUUUUCGAAUCCAUAAAUUUUUAUCAACAACAGUACAUGAGUUAUUCCCUCUUCGUUUCCCACCAAUGAAAAUAGAUUCGACAAUAAUAAAACCGAAACACGCGUCAUUAAUCGCUUCUUGGAUAGACGGAAACACAAAAAUAGAAAGUGACUGCAUCCCACAAACAUUUGAACUGCUGUACCGUUCCAGCCGUGACGGAAUCUCUGCAAAAAAAUUCCACGCUAAAUGCGAUAAAGCAGGCCCAACAAUCCUCCUGGUGAAACUUCGUGAUUCCGAACAAAUACUCGGCGGCUAUAAUCCUAUCACGAACGGAUUUAAACGUGCCUGGUUUACAUCAUCGCGUGGCAACGAAACAGGAUUCGUAUUUUCAUUUUCAAGUGAAAAGUUCAUCGAGGGCGCGAAACUGUCAAGAAUAGUCAAUCAUCUUUGCGAUUUAGGAGUGCAAGAUCAUCCAUUGAAUGGGCCUUGUUUUGGGACUGGACCAGAUUUGUGGGUUAAUAUAAGUGCUAGCGGAGGGCAAAAGAUUGGUCAGUCUGUGAGGCAGACUUAUGCUGAAAAGAUUUUUGGGACACAGGGCUUUUUUUCGUGGGUUGAGUUGGAGGUGUUUGAGGUUAUUGAUCCGAGAGCUAAAGAUGAUUAA